AACCUUCACGUUUACUAGAGGAAGUUGCUCAUCGCGGGCGAGAGACUUUCACAACGGGCGACUCAGUAUUGGACCAAGCCCUUGGAGGCGGACUCAGGACGGGUAUGGUCUGGGAGAUUGCCGGCGAAAGUGCAGCAGGCAAAACCCAAAUUGCCCUGCAGGCAUCCCUCUUCGUUCAGCUUCCUAUGGAGCUCCGAGGCUUAUGCGGAUCCGCUUGUUAUCUGACGACGUCCUCAAAACUGCAAACGACUAGGCUCAGUCAAAUACGUACCUUGCAUCCGGCACUUUCGUCAGCACAUUGUGGUCUUUCGGAUAUACACACAUUGACUACUUCCACGCUGCCCAUACUCAUCCACGCGCUGUCAACUACCUUUCCGGCGCUCCUCAAUCAGAUCUCGGGCGACAGUGGGAAGAAACCAGUGAAACUUCUCGUGAUUGACGCUCUGACGGAAUUAUUCCAUUCCGCCAAGAAGACCACAACAAACACGUUGGUGGAGCGUUCUAAGAACAUCUCAGAGAUAUCUGUGCUCCUCCAUACAAUCGCAAGUGAACACCAGAUCGCUGUAUUGGUCCUGAACGAGGUGGUCGACGUCAUAGAUCAGGGACCAGGAGAUGGUCUUGCCGAUGAAACUGACCUAGUAUAUCGAGACCAAGCUCGCUGGUUCAACCGUGCUGACAGCAUCCCAGGAGAAGAUAGGAAAGAGGCAGGGCUUGGUCUAUCAUGGGCUAAUCAGGUUAACGCACGAAUAAUGUGUACGCGCACGAACAGGCACAGAAAUCUGCACGAUUUCGCCCACAAGCGGUCUCGACACGAUUCUGCACUCUCCAUCUCUGACUCUCCACUUCCUACGGACUCUACGAGCCUGGUCCGACGUUUGACGAUCAUCUUCAGCUCUGUGUCGGCUCCGACGUCCUUGGACUACGUUGUCACAGCCGCCGGGGUAUUCACCGUCGAUGACAUCGCUUCAGUAUCUUCAACUCGUCAAUCCUCCCGGAAACGGACUGCAUCUGCCCUUGAAGAAUGCGCCCCACAGGAGGGUCCAGAGCCCGCCAUGAAAAAGAUGACUCAGGAACUGGAGGAACCGCUCCCUGAGGCGGAAUCAUGGGCGGACUCUGAUGACUUAUAUCCCGAGCUAGACAUGGCUCUGCUCGAUGCUGCAGAGACAGAAAUAGCAUGA